AUGCAGCAGGAUCCUCAGGCCCCCUCCCAUGAAGAGGAGGUCCUCAUGAAUCAUUACAAGAUCAUCAAGACCCUCGGCACAGGCAACUUUGCUCAGGUGAAACUGGCCCUCCACCUCCACACAGAGGUACAGGUUGCUCUGAAGACCCUGGAAAAGGAUAAAAAGAAUGCUUCUUUGAUUGCAAAUGAGCUAGAGAUCAUGAAAAUACUAGACCACCCUAAUAUAACUAAAUUGUUCCAUGUCAUGGAAACCACUGAACACAUCUACAUGGUUCUGGAAUAUGCCUCCGGGGGUGAUCUGGCUGGUCGUAUCUUAGAAGUGGACUAUAUGAAGGAAGGGGAAGCCCGGCACAUCUUCGCACAGAUGGUAUGUGCCAUUAACUACUGCCAUGAGAAUGGCAUUGCACACAGGGACAUCAAACCAGAAAACAUUCUGAUGGAUGCACAUAGAAACAUCAAACUGUGUGACUUUGGCCUGGCCAUCAAAGUUACCACUGAGCAGAAGUCAACAGUGUUCUGUGGCACCCUUCCAUAUUGUGCUCCAGAGCUUUUCAGCUGCCAAGGCUAUGAUCCCAGGGCACUUGAUAUCUGGAGCAUGGGAGUGGUACUAUAUAUCAUGGUGACAAAGCACUACCCAUUCAAAGCAACAACAUAUGAAAAGAUGAAGGAGGAAAUGCAAGAGCCACAUUACUACAUUCCACCAAAGCUCCCAGCACACAUUGCCAACCUCAUCGUGCGAUUGUUCACUAUUGAUCCUGGACAGAGGCCCAAGAUACGUGACAUCAUGGAACAUCAGUGGCUCAAGGGCAGUGAAGAGUUUUCAAAACUAACCCAGUUCCUAGAAACCCUCCCCAACAAGCCCAACCCCAAUAUUAUGGCAGCCAUGUGGGGCAUGGGCUAUAACCCCAAGGACAUUAGAGACUCCUUACAUGAAAAAAAAUUUAAUAGCAUCAUGGCAACUUACUUAAUUUUAAAACAUCAGUCACCCUGGGUGGACAACAUUAACCAUACUUUUAAGCUCAUGCAGCCCAGUAUUGCCAUGGAACCUUCAGAUUCUUCUACCUUCCAUCUCUUCCUAAAGAAGACAGGGAAUGAGACUGACCAUUCCACCUCUACCCUGCCAGCAAAGUUUCAGUCUCAUGACAACGAUGACGAGCUUGUAAGGAAGGAAGACAGCAAGAAUCUCAGCAUGCCUGCCAUUCUGUGCUGCCAGCAUAAGAGCCUGCCUCACCCCACAGGCACCCAGUGUGGUCCUGUGCAGCAUACUCAUGAGCAGCUCCUGAGCAGCAGCCUGCAGAAGAGAAGCAGGUCUUCCAAGAGUGUGUCCUGUAGUCCUGUGCAGCAUGAUCAUGAUGAGCAGCUCCUGAGCGGCAGCCUGCAGAAGAGAAGCAGGUCUUCCAAGAGUGUGUCCUGUGGUCCUGUGCAGCAUGACCACAAGAGGCUCCUGAGCAGCAUCCUGCAGAAGAGAAUCAGGGUUUCCAAGAGCGUGUCCUGUAGUCCUGUGCAGCAUGAUCAUGAUGAGCAGCUCCUGAGCAGCACCCUGCAGAAGAAAAGCAUGGCUUCCAAGAGUGUGUCCUAUGGUCCUGUGCAGCAUGACCAUGAACAGCUCCUGAGCAGCACCCUGCAGAAGAAAAGCAUGGCUUCCAAGAGUGUGUCCUGUGGUCCUGUGCAGCAUGAGCAGCUCCUGAGUGGCAGCCUGCAGAAGAGCACCACAGCUUCCAAGAGUGUGUCCUAUGGUCCUGUGCAGCAUGACAGUGAGCAGCUCCUGAGCAGCAGCUUGCAGAAGAGAAGAAGCAUGGCUUCCAAGAGUGUAUCCUGUAGUCCUGAGCAGCAUGACCAUGAGCAGCUCCUGAGCAGCAGCCUGCAGAAGAAAAGCAUGGCUUCCAAGAGUGUGUCCUAUGGUCCUGUGCAGCAUGAGCAGCUCCUGAGCGGCAGCCUGCAGAAGAGAAUCAGGGUUUCCAAGAGUGUGUCCUGUAGUCCUGAGCAGCAUGACCAUGAGCAGCUCCUGAGCAGCAGCCUGCAGAAGAAAAGCAUGGCUUCCAAGAGUGUGUCCUGUGGUCCUGUGCAGCAUGAGCAGCUCCUGAGCGGCAGCCUGCAGAAGAGAAUCAGGGUUUCCAAGAGUGUGUCCUAUGGUCCUGUGCAGCAUGACAGUGAGCAGCUCCUGAGCAGCAGCUUGCAGGAGAGUAGCACUGUUUCCAAGAGUGUGUCCUGUAGUCCUGAGCAGCAUGACAUGAGCGCUGGGGCAGCUGCGAGACAUGACCAUGAUGAGCAACUCCUGAGUAGCAGCCUGCAGAAGAGCAGCACAGCUUCCAAGAGUGUGUCCUAUGGUCCUGUGCAGCAUGACAGUGAGCAGCUCCUGAGCAGCAGCGCUUGCAGAAGAAGAGACCAUGCAUCAGCAGAAGAGGCUCCUGGAGCGGAGGCAGUCCUGCAGAAGAGAAGCAUGGCUUCCAAGAGUGUGUCCUGUGGUCCUGUGCAGCAUGAUCAUGAGCAGCUCCUGAGCAGCAUCCUGCAGAAGAAAAGCACAGCUUCCAAGAGUGUGUCCUGUGGUCCUGAGCAGCAUGAGCAGCUCCUGAGCAGCAGCCUGCAGAAGAAAAACAGGGCUUCCAAGAGUGUGUCCUGUGGUUCCUGA